GAUCGACCUCUAGCUGAGACUAGCAUAAGACCAAAUUCUGAACUACCACUUAUUUUCCCAAAUAUUGGAAGGUUUAUUGGAGCAGGACGAGUGUAUUCUCUUAAUCAUAUAGAGAGGCAGCAAGCACAUCGACAUAUAUUGGUUAACUGUCAACUACUUGAUCACUUACGAAAGAAGUAUAAAAAUGAGUUGUUAGCAGAACAAUCUCAUCAGAGCAAGAGGAAUCGUGCUAUCGAUAUUGAUCGUGAAAUGCAUCUUAAUUUUGCAAAAUGGAUCAAGAAAAAAGUGGAGAUGAAUGAGUUAGAAGAGAUAACUGAUGAUUUACGAUGUUUAGCUCUGGGUCCAUCUGAAAAGGUUGUAAAGUAUACAGCUUAUAAUGUCAAUGGUUUUAAAUUCCGGACAGUAGAAAGAGAGGCUGAACUGAAAACUCAAAAUAGUGGUGUUUAUGUGGCUGCUGAAACAAUGAGCUAUGCUAGUGCUCGUGAUUGCAACCCAAGAACAGGGACAGUUGCUUACUACGGUAAUCUGAUUGAAGUUAUUGAGUUAAACUACUAUGAAGUCUUCAAAGUUGUGUUAUUCAAGUGUAAGUGGGCAGACACUCGUACAGAAAGAGGAUAUAAAAUGGAUGUAUAUGGUCAUCAUAGGGUAAAUUUCUCACGCUUGUUACACAGUGGAGAUAAUGAGGAAGAUGAACCAUAUAUAUUAGCGUCUCAGGUGAGAAUGGUAUAUUAUGUGAAUGAUCCUUCGGAGAAAGAGUGGAAAAUUGCGGUUCAUGUUCAACCUAGGGAUUUGUAUGAUAUGGGUGAUUCAAAUGCUUCAGAUCAAGUGGGUGAAGAGUCUGAUCCGGGCAUCUCUGUUUCUACGUAA